UUAGCUCAUUUUGCUGUUAUUAAAUUCUGCUAAUUCUUGCUCAAGUUGCAAAAAUAAUGCUGAAAUGCAAUUUCCAAUUAUCUGCGAGUAUAUAGUGCGAUUUUACUCUCAUUCGCAGAAAUUUUUAGUAUUUAUAGUAUACUUUGUUGCAUAUGACUGUUUGAGCAAACAUCAAAGAAACAACAGUGCAAAUAUAUACGGCAUAUUACAUGGUGCGUAGCUAACAAGUGACCAUGCACAGUGCGAUUAAUAUAUGCCAUAAUAAUUUUGCACAGCCAGAAAGCUUGCUUGAAAGUUACAACUAACCUGCAUUUAUGUGGUAUCAAAAUAAGGAAUGCAAAAUGUAUGAAUCUCAUUAUACUGCAAAGCUAUUAUUAUAUAGCACUGCAUAUAUACAUAUAAGGUCCAUUUACUAAAUGACAUUAUUGGUUACUGUGCUUCUCCCACGUAACAAAUCAGUUACCGUAUAUAUCUUCUAAGUUAUCGGACACUUCCAGACGCAUAAUUAUCCCCAGACACUCUCCUGGGAAAUGUUCGUUGUUCUAAUACAACAGACACUCCGGUGCUUUAACUGCAUUUGUUCUAAAUAUCUGGACAAUACCUUGAAAAAUACGAUAUGACGAUGGCAACAAUUGAGGAAGCUAAAGUCUUUUUGUUCAAUUUGGAAACAACUGGCUUAUACCAAAAAACGAAAAAGCAAGAUUUUUGUCAAAUAGGUGUUCUAUCACACCCAGAUGCAAUCCGCUUUUGCCGCUAUGUAGUACCAAGCAUUGAUUUUGAACCCAUGGCUACUGCAGUGAGUGGAUUUUCUAGCAGCAAUCAAAAUGGCGAAAACGUUCUCCUUCUUAAGCAACAGGAAGUCACGAACACUGUUACUAAGUUUCAGGCGAUUACUGACUUUCUUGAUUUCCUAAAGACCAAUUCUGAGCCUGGGUCUACAAUUUGUCUUGUUGGUUACUACAGCGACAAACAUGACGUUCCCUUUCUCAAAGAUGCUUUUGAUGACUGUAAAAUUCCUAUGGUCAUAGAGGGACGCACUCUCACCACCUCAGAUGCAUUUCAACCCCUAUGGAAAGUUGCUGAAGAUAUACAUGACCCUCUUGGACAAAAACUGUCUUCUUGUGAGAAUAGGAAGAGACAAACAGUUCACCGCAAGAUGUUUGGAAAAACAUCAUGCAAUGAUGCAGAAACCCACGAUGCAAUGAGGGAUGUUGAACAGCUGAGAGAUAUCAUUACUCAUUCUGAUUUCCCUUUCAAUCGGCUAAUUAUUAAACACAUUGGAUCAACAGAUGACUUGGUAGCCAAAACUACAAAGCCUAUAGCCCAGGAGCUUUCUACACAUCUGCCCCCCAAACCCAAUGAGGCAGAGAAAACAGCUAUUCAGAAGCAGGAGGUUUACAACCCUUCUAAAAAGAGAAAAAGUUCUAGUCAGGAGAUAGAAAAUGAUGCUCUUAGGACAUCAAAAAAGAUGAGACACGGAAAAGCUGACAAGCCUUUGGCAUAUAGUCAAUUAAUUGAAUGAACUGAUACUUAUAAAAGCUACACAAUGCCUAGAAAUAGUAUAUACUUUCGUAUAUAAGACCUAAUUGCUUAUAAUUAUUUAUAUUCGUAGCUGAUAUGUAGUGUAAGAACUCUUUAGUGCGAGUGUGUUUUCAAUGUCAAAGCUAAUGAGCAAGCUUCUUUGCUGUGCAUAUAUAGGUGUGGAUGGAAACACAGCAAAAUAAUGUGGGUUUAGCACGUUGUUUAAACAUAGCAUUUUAUGGCUGGUCAAAGAUCCUACCAUGAUAGUAGGUAAUCGGCACAGUGAAGCUUUGUCCAGGAAAUAGCUAUUCGGUAGGGAGCUCAAAUAGGGCGUGCAACCGUUUACUAUAGUUACUGACUCACGCCUUCAGCACUUGAACUCUGCAAUCUGAUUGGGUUGCAAAAUUUCUGCAGCAGGAACAAAACCUGACAUUGCAGUGGUGCCCAACCGUACGCAGUUGGUUAGACUCCACCCAAUAAGCCAAGCCAUGCAUGCAUGCACU